CCGACCUUAGUCAUCCUUUUUAAUGUUGUUCAAUUGCAAGAUAAGAAAAAAAAGAGCAAACAAAGCGAUCCUCUCCUGUAGCCUUUGACCUGCUGACUGCUGACUGCUCACUGCUCACUGCUCACUGGAAUUCGUCCCUGCGUGUAACUGGGAAACCUGCGGUAACUGUGUGUACUGUGUGAUUGUUCCUGCUCCGCGCCGAGGGAUUACUCCGGACCACCUCACUCCCCACUCUUCCCUUCAUUUCUCGCCAUGGAGCUUUCCCGCAUUCUUCUCGCCAUCGCCGUUUACCUUGUCAUCCGUCUCGUCCGCAGUCGCUUGUCCAGCAAUAACACCGGCUCCACCAUGUCUCACGGAAAGGUCAUCGAGGUCGACAACCCCGUCAUCUUCAAGGCGCUCACCUCCUCGGGGCCCGUGGUCGUCGACUUCUUCGCAACCUGGUGCGGUCCGUGCAAGGCCGUCGCUCCUGUGGUCGGCAAGCUCAGCGAAACCUACACCAACGUGCGCUUCAUCCAGGUCGACGUCGAUAAGGUCCGUUCGGUGGCACAAGAAUUGGAAGUCCGGGCAAUGCCGACCUUUGUCCUGUUCAAGGAUGGUCAGCUGCAGGAGAAGCGCGUGGUGGGCGGCAACAUGAAGGAGCUGGAGGCAGCCAUCAAGAGUAUCACGGCGUGAUGGAUCAGACGGAAUGCCCGAGCGUGCAGGAUUGAAGAAGCAAUUAGAUAGCAGCAUUUAUUCGACGGCCUCCGGUUGUAUGUUCAUGCCUGGCCAGGCUUAUCGUAGGCUGCCACCCGCCGGAGAACGCCGCCUCAGGCAACAGCCGGUGCUCAACCACGAAAUUCCCCGACUGGAGGAGAGC